AAGCUUUCUCGCCGUCUCUCCACCUCUUUUUUCCCCUCUCUCCCCCCACCCCUGCCUUAUGCCUUUCCUUCCUCCAGCUCAGCCAUCGGAGCUCCAUGCAAGCCAUCUAAUUCUUUAAGUCCUCUCCAGGCGCGCAGAGAAUCUUGCACCAGAUUGAUCCUUAUUUUUUAUUUUUAUUUUUUUUUGUACUGGCUCUGCCUUUUCAGAACCACUCUCUUUCUUCCCUCCCUCCUUCCCUCGGACGGUUCGCCCCAUCCCUCCUCCUCUGCAGAGGCGAGAAAAGGAGCUCCUGGAUUCCCAAGGGCCUGCUGAAGGGAAGCAUGUUUCGCUCCUAGGACCCGCCUCCCUCGCUUCUCCUCUCCUCCCGGGAAAGUUCUGAGAAUGAUCCUUCCCUUCCUCCAGCCUGCCCUUUUAUUCUUCCUGGCGUCUGCGACUUCCUUCCCCAAGGAUUUGACUCCGCUCAGCACUGUCGGCAGGGCAGGAACAUCCCAGUAUCCUGUUUUCCGUGGCCUCACAGGGGACAAUGACACUGCCCAGCUAGGCCUGGAUUUCCAGAGUAUGCUGAGACUCAACCAAACCCUUUUCAUUGCUGCGCGAGACCACGUCUAUGCCUUCGAUCUCCGACGGACCAAGGAUGACUUCUCUCCAAAGAGGCACCUCACAUGGAAGACACAAGACAUGGAAAAUUGUGCGAUGAGAGGAAAGCUCCGGAAUGAAUGUUACAACUACAUCAAAGUAUUGGUUCAAAAGAACGAAGAAACCCUCUUGGCGUGUGGGACAAACGCUUUCAACCCCAUGUGCCGGACCUACAAGAUCAGCAACUUGGAGCAGGAAGGCGAGGAGCUGAACGGACAGGCGCGGUGUCCCUUUGACGCAAAGCAGAACAACGUGGCGCUUUUCGCAGAAGGGAAUCUCUAUUCUGCCACCGUGGCAGACUUCCAAGCCAGCGACACUGUCAUCUACCGAAGUCUGGGCGAGAGGAGUCCAGUGUUGAGGACUGUCAAAUAUGACUCCAAGUGGCUGCGAGAACCACAUUUCCUGCAUGCUCUCGAGUACGGGAAUUACGUCUAUUUCUUCUUCCGGGAGAUCUCCAUGGAAUACACCACGCUGGGACGGGUUAUCUUCUCCCGGGUGGGCAGAGUGUGCAAGAACGACAUGGGUGGCUCCCCCCGAGUGCUGGAGAAAUACUGGACCUCCUUCCUCAAAGCUCGCCUCAACUGCUCCGUCCCUGGGGAUUCCUUUUUCUACUUCGACGUCCUUCAGGCUGUCACAGACGUGACCCAGGUGAACGGGCGGGCGGCCAUCUUCGCGGUCUUUGCCACCCAGUCCAACAGCAUCACGGGCUCAGCUGUCUGUGCCUUCUACAUGGAUGAAGUAGAGAGGGUCUUCAACGGCAAGUUCAAGGAGCAGAGGAACGUGGACGCGGCGUGGACCCCCAUCCCAGAGGAGAAAGUACCGAAGCCCAGACCGGGCUGCUGUGCUGGUAUCGGAAAAGCGUCGAGCUUCAAAACCUCCAACAGCUUCCCGGACGAGAUGCUUGGGUUCAUCAAGUCCUUCCCUCUCCUUGAUGAAGCUGUGCCCUCGGUCACGGAGCAGCCCUGGUUUACGAAGACCACCAGCAGGUACAAGCUGACCCGUCUGGCCGUGGACACAAUGGCUGGCCCCUUUCAAAAUCACACAGUCCUCUUCCUGGGCUCAGAAGAUGGCACAGUCCUGAAGGUCCUCUCCACCACCACCGAGAAUUCCACGGUCGAGACUUUGCUGCUGGAGGAGAUGUCUGUCUACAACCCGUCGCUGUGUAGUGUCAGGAAGGAAGACCGGCGUGUCCUGGGGCUCAAACUUGACAAAGCCAGCCACGCCGUUUACGUGGCCUUCUCUGGGUGCGUGGUGCGAGUCCCUCUCAGUCGCUGCGCCGCCUACAGUGCCUGCCGCAGGAGCUGCCUGGGGUCCCGCGAUCCGUACUGUGUUUGGCUGAGCACGGGGGCCUGCGUUGCGUUCAGCAGCGAGAUCAGCCACAGAGGCGGGUUCGAGCAAGACGUCGAAGGCUCCAUCAAGUACACGGGGAAUUGCCAAGAUGUCGUAACAGCCCCCGGGAGCCGCGAUGGCACCAGCAACUCUGCAUAUGGGAAGACGCAGACCUCCGCAGCCGCCACCGCUCUCUCCUCUCCCUUCCCAGAAGUGCCCACGGGGUCUCCUCCCGCUAGCUUGGCUCCCGACGCCCGCCUGGCCCCAGGCGCAGGGGGGCCACACUCCACCCUCCACGUGGCUGUGAGCAAGCAGGGCGUGCGUCAGGAGGCGGGGGGUCGCGAGGACGCCCCGACGGUCCACUUCACCUUCCUGAUCGGCUGCAUCUUCGUGGCCUUUGUCUUGGGGGCCUUCCUCUCGGGCCUGCUGGUUUCCUGCUACUGCAACCACAGCUUCCAGAAGGCCAAGAGGGCCGGCAAGGACCCCGAGGGCGGCCUCCAGCGCCCGCUGUCCCUGCGGAGCCUGGCCAAGAUGAACGGGCUGCUGGAGGCGCAGGCCAAAGAAGCCUUGGCAGAAGGCCCCACCACCAAGCUGUACACCACACUGCUCCCCAGCGAGAAGGAGCCGCCGGGCACCUCCGUUGCGGCCAAGGCGGGCGUCAAGGACCACCACCCGGAGUUGUCCGGCUUGCCUACCCCGGAAUCCACCCCCGAGUUGCCCGUCAAGAACAUGAAAGCCAUUCGCAACCAGUGGGAGAAGAACCAGAAUUUCAACAACGCCAAGGAGUCGCAGGGGAAAGUGCCCUUGUUCCACACCCCGGUCUCCAACACCCACCCUUUCCCCUUCGCCAGCGCCAUGGCGGGGCCUGGGCACCUCCGCGGCUACGAGGCCCCCCUGGCGGGCUACCUGGACGAGAAGAAGAUCCCGAACCCGGAACGGGUCCUGGUGCGGCACUCCCAGUGCUACCUGCCCAAAGGGGUGGAGGUGGCGGCCCUCGAGGAGCUCCUCAAACACCUCCACGAGGCCGAGGGCUCCUCGGCAAAGGGCCUGGGGGGGCCCCGCUUUGCCCCCGCGGCCGUGUCCUUCGCCAACCGUGUGCAGCCCCAGAUCCCCGACGUGGAGAGCGCCCCGUACUACAGCUCCUCCACACUGCCCAGGGACAGCCUGCCGCGGAGGCUAGACGUGCCGCCGGACCCGCCCGGGGCCGCCGAGAAAGCGGGCGCCCGGCCGCACGCGGCACACAGACACUCGCUCUGCGUGGCCCCCAAGCUGGUGAACGUUGGCGGGGGCGUGCUGUCACGGCACCACAGCCUGGGCCAGGCGGGCAGGCCGCCCUCGUCUCUCCUGACCCGCAUGCACUCCACGGGGACCUCGGUGCCCCACGAGGGAGCCCAUCCUGCCAUCUUCCUCUCCCGGCAGCACAGCUACGGCGACCAGGUCCCGCUGGCUGGCCACGGGGGCAUCAAGCGCUCGAUCUCCCUGGUCAAGCCAGGAGGGGGCGCCCAGGGGCUCUUCAUGCCAUCGUCGCCCCCGGCCCAGUCCUCCAGGCAGUUCAGUUACUGAGCCUCCAGGGUUUGUUUUUCGGUUGCCCGGAGCUGUGCCUGGGGCCAAGCGAGGUCUAACAUGGGGACCCCCGCCGUAGCCGUUUCAAGAUGGAAGGCUAGUAGAGAGACCCGCUUCUCCCAACCCGCCUACAACUGGACUACAACUCCCAGCGUGCCUUUCGCCGGGGAGGGGGGAGGCGUUUGCAUACAGGAAAUGGUGGGAGGGGAAGCACUGGGUUUUCCUCUCUCCCCAUUGGCUGCCUCCUGCUGCGGGCAGCUCCUUUGACCUAUCCGGUCCUCCCCGUGACCACUGAGCCAUGUUGCCAAAGUAAGCAGAUUCCGCUCCUUUUCCCUGUCUUGCUCUGUCUUUGAAGGCAUUCAAACAGGUGGCUUUGAGGGGCAAAGGCCGUGCCUGAAUCCCGGGCACCUGCCAUUUAUGCACCAAAAGAGGUUACCACAGUUCUUUUUUGCCUCGCCUUCAUGCAAUUCUGCUUCCCAAAAUUCGGGCAGGCUCGUUUAGGGGGCAGGAAGCAGAUGGCCGAGAUGGGGUUCAUUAAGGGAGAAGGAAAGUAGCAAUUGGUUGUUGUAGCAGACAUCUAGGCAACUUCUCUGUCCAGAUCCCCCUGUUUGAGGACUUGAGGACUAGAAGCUUGCUAAAGCAGAACGCAAACUCUGAGCUUUCUAGAAUGUCGAGUUUCUGCACCCUCUGGGCAAAAAUCACGGUAGGCUCACAUCUUUGGCCAAUUUAGGCUUAGCUAUUUUCACCUUGAAUUGGCUUCCCAUCUUCGUUUGAGGUUCACCAUAUUCUCAGAGCAGGCUGGAAAGCCACAAUGGCCCAGGCCUUGCUAGCUUUGGGGCUGGGUACAUGGGGGCUUGGGCACCCUUCCUUGGGUCUAGACUGUAGCAUGUUGGGUGCCCCCCACUGAGGGAAAAGCUUGUCCCCCAAACCAAUAUUGUAGCACUUUUCUUUUCUUCGAGACCAGAACAUGGUGUCCGUUUAUUUUAUUUCUUUGGUGCGGCCAUCGUGGGAAUGUGAAGUAGCAGACUCUGAAAGGUGGGGACAAUCUCCCUGGAGAGAUAGGUUUCCAGAACUAUUCCAAGUUUUUGGGCUUGGCUUUUGGAACGAAGGUGGAGCCAGGACAGGGACAAGCUUGUGGCUCACACUUGAACAGUUGCUCCCGGUCCUCUGGAUGCCACUUCGAUUUACUUCUCCGGCAAGAAUAUUCUGGACCGUGCGGAUCCUACCUCCUUCUGGAGAGGAGAAUGUAGCAUUUGAGACCCCCUUAAACCUCGUAUCUUUCCUUCACCGACUUUUCACCACCACCUUCCCGACACUGGAGUUGAGAUUGUCCAUUUAUUCCUUGGCCCUUAACCACUCCUUUUUUUAUUCCUUUUGUUUUUAGCUCCGCGAAUUGAGCCGGCUUUGCAAGCCAGUUCACACAAGUGGCUAGUCCUCAAAACCUCCGGCCGACUCGUUUCCAAGGAAUUUGCCCCACGUAUAAAAACAUGCACGGGCUGAUGACCGGCAGGCAAAACACAGGAAGGACUGGCUAGCUCCCCAGUUUACAAAAGUUCAGCUUGGUCACCUGGGAACAUUUCUGACUCGCCAGAGGUGAUCAGGGAAAGCCUGGCUAAAGCCCCAUUUCCCUUAUUGAUUAGACACAACCAUAUUUAAAAAAUUAUAAGAUAUUUUAAAAAGCGGGGGGGGGGGUACUCUUUUUAAAAAUAAUGACCCCAGUUUGAAUCUCUGCAGAUGUUUACAUCAGUCCCUAAAACUGUUGCCUGCAUCAUUCAUGGGUUUGAUAGCAAGUCAAGAAGCGGAGCAGAGAGGAAUCUCUCCCUUGGAAGGGAUUCAGCAGCCAUCGUCUGCUUCCGCAGCCUUGAAAGGGACAGUUGAUCCUGCCACGAAUACAAACCAAGCGGGUGUCAGACGAGGUCGAAAACCUCCGUUCCAAUUUUUUUAUUUAAAAAAAAAGGAGGGGGAAAACGCACACAUGGUGGUUUUUUUCUGGCACACUCCUCUCGGAAGGUCUUUUAAAAAGUGUUGUACAUAAGUAUACAUAGAUGUGUAUAUUUCCUUGUUUAACUUCAUAUAUGAAAAGAACAGAAACAAUAAAUUAAUCCUACUGUGUAGGAACACCAAUCCAGAGGCCCUGUACGACAGAGCUGAGGAUCUGUACAUUUGGUAUCCAGAAUUAUCUGUCCCAAGUCGAUGCUUGAAAUAUAUGUAUAAUCUCUUUGUGUCUUGAAGAACCGUUUCUUUUCGUUCUUUCCAUUUCCUUGGGGAUUUGGAAACGGGGACGUCUGUGGAAGACCCCGUUUUGUGAGUUUUCUCCAGAGUUGCCAGUUUGGCUUGUAUCUUGUUUGGUGGGGGGGGGGGGACCUCCAGCUACUGAAAGAGUCCCGGCUCCCGUCAUCAGCCCUAACCAUUGGUCAUGCUGACCACAGGGGAUGAGCAAAGGAGAAGGGAGCCUAGCACCACCAGAAGUGUGUGGGGGGGAGAGAAACAGAUGCUCCCAGUCUCUGGUACAUAAAACUGCACCCUUAAUAUACAUGCCCCUCCGGGUGGCCUCUCAACUCUUCAUGUUUGAUUCCAUAAGGCCAAAGGGGGCCCAUCCAGUCCAGCAUCCUUUUCUCACAGCGGCCAACCAGAUGCCGGUGGGAAACCUACAAACAGGAUUCGAACACAAGAGCAACUCUUCCCUCCUUUUUUAUAUAUAUAUAAUUUUUAUUUUAUUUUCAAUGCAAAAUUACAACAAAAAUUACGAACAUAAAAUCCAAAAAAGAUGAAACAAAAAGAACAAAAAACUACAUAGAAAACCAUACUAUCUUAAACUUUACGUACACAUUGACUUCCUUCUUCUCAAAUUUUUUAAUCUUUCUGAAUUGUUGUGUCUAUUGUAAAUCUUUAUACCUUUUGCACUGUUUUUUCCCCAAUUUCUUCAACCCUACAAAGCUUCAUUCAUUACAUACUGAUAUACUUACUCCAGUCUAGAGCAAUGUUUUUUCAUGUAUUCUUGGACACAAUCCCAUUCUUUUGCUAAUUUUUGGUCUGAUUGCCCCCUUAAGAAUGCUGUAAAGGUAAAGAUAAAGGUACCCCUGACCGUUAGGUCCAGUCACGGACAACUCUGGGGUUGCGGCACUCAUCUCACUUUACUGGCUGAGGGAGCCGGCGUUUGUCCGCAGACAGGUUUUCCAGGUAAUGUGGCCAGCAUGACUAAGCCGCUUCUGGCGAACCAGAGCAGCACAUGGAAACACCAUUUACCUUCCCGCUGGAGUGGUCCCUAUUUAUCUACUUACACUUUGACGUGCUUUCAAAAUGCUAGGUUGGCAGGAGCUGGGACCAAGCAACGGGAGCUCACCCUGUCGUGGGGAUUUGAACCGCCGACCUUCCGAUCGGCAAGCCCUAGUAAAUCUUGCCAAAUUUAUAUAUUCACAAAGUUCAUUUGUAUAUAUUUAUACAUUAUAUAUGUGUAUAUAAUAUAUAUAUUUAUAUAUUCACAAAGUUUAAUUUGCCAUUCUUUUAUUGAUGGGAUUCCCCCCCCCUUUCCAGUUUUUUGCUAUGAGCAUCCUGGUGGCUGUUGUCACGUAGAGGAAUACUUUCCUUUCAUUGCCUGGAAUAUCAUUUGUAAUUAUACCCAAAACAUCUUUUUGAUUUCUUCAUCUGUUUCAUUCCAGAAUUGUUUAAUAGGUCGGCAUUCCCACCACAUGGGAAACUCUCCCCUCCUGUGGUUCCCAGCAACUUGGAUUCAGAAGCAUCCCUGCCCCCAUCCAUCGUGACCAGUAGCCAUCGGUAGCUGUAUUACCCUCCGUGAAUUUGUCCGAUCCUCUUUUAAAGCCAUUUUAAGGCCAUCACUUCCAACGAACCUGAAGGUUGGAAGGCUCAGGACAGACAAGAGGAAGGAUCUCUUCUUCCUCCAGCGCCUAGUUAAACUUUGGCACUCGCUCCCACAGGAGGCAGCGAUGGCCACCACCUUGGAGGGUUUUUAAAAGAGGAUCAGACAAAUCGGGCCACCGGCUUGAUCCCGCAAGUCUCUUUUUUAAUGGAACCUGCAGGACCAGAGGCAGUCUAUCUAGAUUCCUAGGUCUUUGGGGCUACUUGGCCACUGGGACAACAGCAUAGCCUGCAAACGUCCCGUUUUACGCAGGACACCCCCAGAUUGACAAAAAGCUCCUGAUCGCAAUCCAGGACGGCCUGUUUUGGCUCCUGUGCUCUGGCCACACCAGAGCUGCAAGAAGACAGGCGUUUUGGGGUUCCACGCAGUGGCGCAAGUCGGUCAGCUCGCACCAGAGCGCAGGACCAAAAAUACGGAAGACCCCUAUGUUGUGCUCUUUCCUCCAUCCCCAACGGCACUUCUGGAAGCGCUGGCAGCAGUGGGCCGUGCAAGGCCCAAGGCCCAGAGCUUCUCCCAAAGCUGUGGAAGAAGAGGCCACAGAUGAAGUUAAGAGGGGUGACAGGGAGGGGGCAAGCAAUGGGGUCGAUGAGGUGCCCCUAAAUGUUGGAGGGUAUGCUGGACUAGAUGGGGAGGGGCCUCUCCUCACGUUCCUUUUUGUCUCAUUUCUGAAGCCACUCCCAGCUAGGUUGGCCUAGUAAUAAUGCAAUUAGUAGGGGUGAUGUAAGGGGUCAGUUUUGGAACCAUGGUCCUUUUGCAAAAUUCAGGCCGGAUGCUGCUGGGGAAUAUACACUCUCCUUGCAAGUUUCAACUCUCCCUGAACAUCUGGUGAAUUGCUACGACCUCCACCAAGCCGCCGUUUGAUCGGGCCGCCUGCUAGACGUCUGGGCGAGAUUUUCUCUCUCCUUUCCUCCCUCUUGACUUGCAUUGACUGCAAGAAGAAUUGAUGGCUAUGAGCCGGAGACUCCAUGGGUUUUUUUGGGGGGGGGGGGACGGCAGCUGCUGUUCCUUCCUGUUUCCCAGACACAUGGCUCCUCUCUCUCGCUCUCUCUCCUCCUCCCUCUCCCUCUCUCCCUGCACCACCCCAGGUGGCUGGUGGGUAAGGAAAGACCCCCAACUCACCAAGGAAACACCUGAUCUCCCAGCCAUUGAUGAAUUCAUUGUUUGAAUUAGUUAAGGGGCGGCGUGUUAUUUUUGCAGGUGGAGAAGGUUGAGAACGCAGCAGGCUUGGAAAACGACCCCAUCCGAAAAUAAGACAGAUUUAUUAGAACGCAAUAUAAUUUGUUUAUAAUUUUACCCUAACAGAUUUAUUACAGUUCAUCACCCUUGGUCAUGCUUCACAAAAGAUGAUGCCAUAAUAAAUCACAAAGGCCCUUAGUGGGUUUUUUUAUUUAAAAAAUAUAUUUCCUGUAUUUAUUUAUUGUAUUUCUAUCCCCCCCUCCAAUGGGUGUAUGUGGUUCUGCCCCUCCUCAGUUAAUCCCUACAUGUCUACAACAACCCUAUGAGGUACGUUAGGCUGAGAGGCCUGUAGAUCCAGAUCACAUCCGGUGAGCUUCAUGACUGUGUGCAAGAUUCGAACCGGGGUCUCCCAGUGUGGCUUCCUUUGGCACCGCCAAGGGCAGUCCCAUGUAAAUACCAAUGCAGUUGUCUAGGCUGAUCCCCUCGUUUACUCCACCAGCUUGCCUCUCUGGCUACUGAGUGAGCAGGAGGAAGGCAGAGAGGUUUGAGAAAGGGAGAGAGGAUAUUCCUGGUUUGAGGUUUUUCACAUUGGGGUAGGCAAUGGCAGGUCACGCAGCACAAUCCCGUCCCCUCCAGGCUGGCAGUGCAACUACUUUAAAUGAGGGCUAGUGUGGUGUAGCGUUUGGAUAGUGCCGGACUAGGACCUGGGAGGGACCCGGGUUCGAAUCCUGACACCCAGCCACCCGAGUUCAUAGGGUGUGACCUUGAGCCAGUCCCUGCCUCUCUUAGCCUGAUCUACCUCGCAAGGUUGGGGGGGUUAAAUGAGAGGGAGAACCACGCGGACCACCUUAGGGAGGGGGAAAAGGGGGGAUAUAAAUGCAAUGUUAAAAUUAAACUGUUGGGGUCUCAGUGCCCCCCUCCCCCAAAAAAAUAAACCUGAAAGGGGGCUUUAAUCCAGACUGCCCCCUCCCUCCCAUCUCUCUUUUUCUUAAUGCCAUCCUGACGCCGAUGUUUACGUACACCGAUGUUUGCAAAAUUGCUUUUUCCCUUCCGGCGAUAGUUCUGGGUGAUCUGCCAAUCCCAUUACAAGAUGAUACACGGCACUUAGCUGGGAUGAUCCUCCAGAGAUUUUCCUUUGGAAAUAACUUUUAAGGAGCAACAACACACCUUUAAAAACCAUAUAUAUAUAUAUAUGGCCUAGGCAAGCGACUGUGUGUGUGUACACGUAAUAAAGGAGACAGGAUGUGUAAUUCUCCUCGGCUGUUAGGAGGAUUUAGCAGAAAAUUACCCAGCAGAGAUUUUCUCUGCUCGGUGAUUACCUUGCAGCGGGGGCUGCGAAGCGUUCCUUCUCUCUUCCCCCCCCCCUGCCGCCGCCCACCUUCUCAACAAUUCAAUCUCCCACCGUUCCGCAGCAAGUAGAUUUUUCAAUUAAUUUCCUAAGGCAGGGCAGAAAGCGAUGGAUGCCCACUGCCAUUGGCGGCUGCAUUUUCUCCUCCUCCUCUCAUAGUUUUCUUUGAUUAUUUACUCUGAUGGCCUCAUUCUCUCCGGAAGGAAUGGGGGGAUUCAGCCGCUCUGCAAACUCGGGCGGAUAACGGCCGUGCCUGUUAAUAUUAAAUGCCCAAUGUCAUUGUUAUCGGAGAUAAAAGAAACGGAUCUCAAUGAAAACACAAACCCCGAGGAGGGGAAACCUUUGCACGCUUUUCUUCCACACUUUAAUAAAAUUUAUCGAAAUGGCCUUGUGUGCCGGAUGAGGCCAAAGACCAGGCAUCCCCAAACUUCGGCCCUCCAGAUGUUUUUGGACUACAAUUCCCAUCAUCCCUGACCACUGGUCCUGUUAGCUAGGGAUCAUGGGAGUUGUAGGCCAAAACAUCUGGAGGACCGCAGUUUGGGGGUGCCUGCCAAAGACCUCUCGAAUCUGGCAUUCUCGCAGCUCACUCUGGCCCCGCAGAUGCCCCGAUGUGUUAAAACUAGAACUCGGGACAUCGGGCGAAGCUGAAUGUUGGAAGAUUCAGGGCAGAUAGAAGAAAGGACUUUGUGAUAGUUAGCCUGUGGAACUCCCUCCCACAGGAAGCAGCAAGGACCACCUACUUGGAUGGCUCUGAAAGAAGAUCGGACGAAUC